CAGAAAGUGAUGACUGCCCUCUUGGUUAGGUCAGAGCUCAAGUAAUCACAGCCAUCCAUUCAAGAACAUCAGAAAGUAUCAUGACUUGACUUAAUGGGGGUAUAGGCCCAUGUAGGUAAUAUAUGGAUUACAAAUGUCAAAUAUAUGAGUGAAGUGAAUCUUCUGCAACACAAAAAAAAUGCAUGUUGUCUUUAAAUCCAGGGUGACCAAACACUUGAAGGCCCUCAAAGCAAAGAUGCCCAGAUUUGGCAUUUUCCCAACUGGGGGUUGUUUUGAUGGAUGCAGGGAUCAUACUCAACAAGCCUCAGGUUUUGGGACAAGGAUCUGGAACCUGUGUGACAAGCCUCUGGAGCUGCAAAUAAGAGUUGGUUCUAUACUGAAAAAAGUUCACACAAUAAAACCAGGCUCUUCAAAGAGGCUGAAAUGCAAGAGCAUAUACAAAGCCUAUAUGCCUGGAGGUGGUGAGAUUGGGAGUGGUGGCAUGAAGAGCUUGCUCUAUUACUAUGAUGAGACUUGCCACCCUUAUGUUUGGAUUCAUGACACUGGUGGUGGUGACACAUUGAGAAUGGUCAAGCAGCAAUAUAUUAGCCUUGAGGACCUCAGAGACUAUUGUGAGAUCAGAAUCUUUAGGGAUCAUCAAAGAGGCUGCAUAUCGGUUCGCAAGAAACCCAGGCCAGAUUUUUGCCUCUUCACGCGAACAAAACGCGAUCUUGCUUCUUCUUUCUGCAAACAGUCUUCUACAGUAGCACGGUCCACAGACCAAGUCUCCCAAAACCCAUUUUUGUUGUCUUCAUCUCAAUCAAAGUUUUCACCUUCUUCCCCAACCCAUUUCUCAAAAAUGGGGAUUUCAUGGAGUAGCAACCGAAGAAGAAACAGCUAUUAUCAGAACCCACCUCCACAACUACCACCUCAACCCCAAUACAUCGCAAGUUCUCAUCGCUAUUACUCCUCAGACCAUCCCUCUCUCUCUCCUCCUCCACCACCUCCUCCUCCUCCUCCUCCUCCUCCACCACCACCGCCACCUCCACCUCCACCUCCACCACCACCUGGUCCUAUGCUUACUUCUUCAUCUUCUUCUUCAUUUUCUUUUUCUGCAAAUAAUAGUAACUACCCAUAUGUCAAUACCGCCACCCCUUACGCUCAACAACCCAGAGGUCCUUAUCCCGCCUACCCUCUUCCUCUUACACCUCCUCCUCCUCCACCUCAAACCCAUUAUUGCUAUGGCCACUACAGUUCAUGCAACCAUGCCAAUUCCGCCAUGGGUCGCUUCAGUUACAAUUACAAUUACCAGCCUUAUUAUGCUGCCAAUCAGGCUAAUGGGUGGCCCGCAAUUCGGCCUCCCGUGGGCCCCGUGCUGCCUCCUCCGCCUCACGUUGAGCAUCAGAACGCCAAGAAGGUGAAGAACGAUGUCAACGUGCAUAAGGACACAUUGAGGCUUGAGAUAGAUGAGCUGAACCCUGAUCAACAUUUGGUUUCUUUCGUUUUCGAUGCCAUGUAUGAUGGGAGCAUUACAGUGUUCUACUUUGCCAAGGAAGAGCCAGACUGUAGGUUUGUUCCCCUAUUCCCUGAAGCAUUUGUGCCAGUGAGAGUCCCCUUUCAGAAGGGUUCCGGGCAAAAAUUUCGUCAGCCCUCAGGAACAGGCAUUGAUUUAGGUUUCUUUGAGUUGGAUGAUCUUUCAAAACCAUCACCCGGAGAAGAUGUAUUUCCGCUUGUAAUAUCUGCUGAAACAUUUCCACCUCAUUCAACAGAUGAGCAUAUUGUUGAGCCCACCCCAGAUACAUCCCCUCGUAUGCAGAUUACUCAAGCUGUACUAGAAAAGAACAAUGGUGACCAUUUCCAAGUGAGAGUAAUUAGGCAGAUACUGUGGAUUGAUGAAGUUCGUUAUGAGCUACGUGAGAUAUAUGGAAUAGCAAGCUCGACAGUGGAAGGCUUUGAUGACAAUGACCCUGGGAAGGAGUGUGUGAUAUGCAUGACUGAACCUAAGGACACUGCUGUGCUACCUUGUCGACAUAUGUGUAUGUGCAGUGAUUGUGCAAAAGAGUUGACGCUUCAAUCCAAUAAAUGCCCUAUCUGCCGUCAACCCAUUGAGGAACUCAUAGGGAUUGAGAUAAAUAAAAGUCGUCAAUGAAGAUACUUUUUUUCUCCAUACUAUGUGGAUUGUGGUAUGGCUAUUGACUUCUUUUAUGUGUGCUUUCACCUGUUGUAUAAAUGCAUUUUUGAUUUGUUUUGUAUAUUGUAAUUGAUGCGAUGUUUUCUAAUAUGCAUGUGAUUAUCUUACAGAGCUUACUCAAAUUUGAUUCUCCAAGAAAGAACUUUCUUAACCAUUA